AUGAGUUCAUCAUUUGAUAAAUCAAAAUAUUCUCAUAUAAAAAAAAUAAUUCUUCUUUCUGGUAAACGUAAAUGUGGAAAAGAUUAUUUAGGAGAGAAAUUAGCCGAAAAACUUCAUGCCGUACUUUUACAUUUAAGUGAACCAUUAAAAUUAGAAUAUGCUCGAUUAAAUCAAAUAAAUGGUGAACAAUUAUUAACUUCAUCAUCUUACAAAGAAAAUUAUCGAAAAGAUAUGAUUAAAUGGGGUGAAGAUAAACGUCGUGAAGAUUCAUCGAUUUUUUGUCGUUUGGCUAUUGAACAAAAAGAUGAAAUAUGUUUGACAAAUCCAAUAUGGAUUGUUUGUGAUAUUCGACGUUAUACUGAUAUUGAGUUUUUUCAAAAAUAUUUUUCAAAUCAGUUAUUACUGGUUCGUAUUGAAGCUUCGAUUGAUACUCGUAAAAAACGAGGCUGGAUUUUUACAUCUGAUAUUGAUGAUUCCGAAUCGGAAUGUCAGCUUGAUGAAAAUGUUGAUUGGUCUUUCGUAUUUUCGAAUAAUGAUACGGAUAAUUUUGACGAACAAAUAAAUAAUCUGAUUAAACUAAUUAAUUCAUAA